UCUGAGUGAGUCGUCAAAUUUUGUUGGUUGGCUUGUUUCUUGUUUUUUUGGUUAACAAAAAUUUAAAUAGUAAAGUACAAGUAAAUUGAUUUGAAUUCGGUUAAAAUGGCUACUCUUGAAGACAAGGCGAUAUGGGAUGAUGGCGAGGAAGCUUUAGGUGAAGAAGUACUUCGAAUGUCUAAUGACGAAGUUAUAAGCAGAACAAGACUUCUAGACAAUGAAAUAAAAAUAAUGAAAAGUGAAGUCAUGAGAAUCAACCAUGAGUUGCAGGCUCAAAAUGAAAAAAUUAAGGAAAACACAGAGAAAAUUAAAGUAAAUAAAACUCUACCAUAUUUAGUGUCCAAUGUUAUUGAGCUGCUUGAUGUGGAUCCUCAAGAAGAGGAGGAGGAUGGUGCAGUAGUCGAUCUGGAUUCUCAAAGAAAGGGAAAAUGUGCUGUAGUAAAAACAUCAACUAGGCAAACUUAUUUUUUGCCAGUCAUUGGUCUGGUUGAUGAAGAUAAAUUAAAACCUGGCGAUCUUGUAGGAGUAAAUAAAGAUUCAUAUUUAAUAUUAGAAACUUUACCAGCGGAAUAUGAUGCGAGAGUCAAAGCGAUGGAAGUUGAUGAAAGGCCAACGGAGCAAUAUUCAGAUAUUGGUGGUUUAGACAAGCAAAUCCAAGAGUUAAUUGAAGCAGUUGUCCUACCUAUGACACACAAAGACAAAUUUGUAAAUCUUGGCAUACAGCCCCCUAAAGGUGUUUUACUAUAUGGUCCCCCAGGCACUGGCAAAACACUGUUGGCUAGAGCUUGUGCAGCACAAACUAAAUCGACAUUUUUAAAGUUGGCUGGUCCUCAACUUGUUCAAAUGUUUAUUGGUGAUGGUGCUAAACUUGUCCGCGAUGCAUUUGCCCUGGCUAAAGAAAAAGCUCCUGCUAUUAUAUUUAUUGAUGAGUUGGAUGCAAUUGGUACGAAACGUUUUGAUUCCGAAAAGGCUGGAGAUCGUGAAGUACAGAGAACCAUGUUAGAAUUACUAAAUCAGCUAGAUGGAUUCAGUUCUACUGCAGAUAUUAAGGUUAUUGCAGCAACAAAUCGAGUUGACAUUCUGGAUCCUGCGCUUCUUCGUUCAGGUCGGCUUGAUCGAAAAAUUGAAUUUCCUCAUCCUAAUGAAGAGGCUAGAGCCAGAAUUAUGCAAAUUCACUCCAGAAAAAUGACCGUCAAUCCCGAUGUUAACUUUGAAGAAUUAGCCAGAUCAACAGAUGACUUUAAUGGGGCGCAGUGCAAGGCAGUUUGCGUUGAGGCGGGUAUGAUCGCUUUGCGCAGAAAUGCUACAGCUGUGACACACGAAGAUUACAUGGACGCCAUAAUGGAAGUGCAGUCCAAAAAGAAAGCUAACCUUAAUUAUUAUGCUUAAGUUAUUUGCUUUUAUUUUUUGCUAAUAAAACAUGUUUGUAACUAUAGCACAUUAUGGACAGCAAAUUUGUUUAAUUUCCAUCCAAACACUGGUCAUUGUGGUCAUAAUGCCAAAUUUAUUGUUCAUUCUACUGUUGAGAGCACAUUUGCUAUGCUUGCGAGGAGAGAUCGUAAUAAGUAUUUCUAGUCCUUUCAUAGUCAAACAAAAACGACACAUUGAAAAAAUAGAUUUAUAUGAUAAAUUUACUGUGUUUUCAAUUUAUUAUACUCGUUACAGCCUUGGUAUAUUCGAGAUUACAAAACAAAUAGCUAUAGAUAUGCAACAUUUCACCAGUGGUAUGUGAGUAAGCAUGAAUAUUUCUAUCCCAAAAACAUCUUCCUUUUUUCCUGAUGUUGUGAUCCAGGCAUUCACUUCUUCAUUAGUAACCUUCUGGGGCCAUGGUAUCUUCAGGAUUCUGCUGUACAGCCAGCACUCAAAGGCUUGGAGCUUGGACAUGGUUUCCUGUUUUAAGGUCCAGGACUCCACACCAUACAGAAGAACCGAGUACACAUUACACUUUAGUAGUUUUUUAUUUCCCGUGAGAGAUUGUGGCUUUUGAAUACUUUCACCCUUGCUAAUAAAGCACUUAUAGCUUUUCCAAUUCUGCACCAGAUCUCUUGGGAAUUGUCCCAUGAGUC